UGGGAGGGACAGAUCUGUCCGGACACCCGCUCUAGGGACUGUCGCAGACUAUCGUUCGCUGUGGCACAAUAGUAUUCUUGUGUGGGAUCUGUGUUGAAUGACUUUGGGAGAGACGGAGACAAAUUCACCAAACAGCCUCUCUUCAACACAUAUUGUAAUCUGGAGAUCCUAAAGAUAACAGGAACGAAGUGAGGGCAUGGCAGCUCGUGUGGACGUGUCCUCUGGUGAGGUGGGCCAAGCAGGAGAUGCAGGUAUCAAGCCUGAGCUUGGCCCCAAACCCUGCCUGAUUCCCAAACCCUUUUCACUGCAGAGGAACACCACAUUCCGCUCCAUCCUAGCCCCAAAGACACCAGAGCCUAGCAAACCAGAGCCUUGUCAGCCUAUUAGUGCCCCUGUGUCUGACUCAAGCAGCGUUGUGAAACUCGAUGCAGAGAGCACCACGAUACCUGAACUGACCAAUGCUCUCGAAGUUCCUUCAGCCAUAACACCCCAAACUGAAUCGACCCACACUACUGAACAAAACCAAAUUGCUCUUUCCACAUCCCUUACUACCCCAAAAUCUGAGUCACCAGCUAGUACCACAUCUGACCCAACUGGAACCUCAGAGGCAAAUCAAGUCAGUCUUUCUGAACUGGACGAACAUGGCCCCUCUGAUACAGGCCACUCCGCCACUGGAACUGAGCCUGUACCAUCACCAUCAGUCACCUCAACUCCUCUUCAACCGCAGUCUGAAAACACUGUGAGUGAGCCCACCCCUGCGGUCGUCAGGCGCCACGCUGGGAAGGAUCAGGCAGCCCACUUGGGAGGAGGCAGGAAGCGGCUGUCCAUGGAGCUCACCUCCAGGUUUGAGUCGGCCGGACUCUCACUCCCCUCACAGCCACCAGCUAACCAGGAACGGGAACAGGUGACCAUGAGAGAGACUGCAGUCUCCAAAGUGUCAGUCCUCAGGGCGAAAGAGGAAGAGAAAGUCACUGAUUCACCAGGGUCGCCGUCUGAACCAGAGUGCAGACUCAAGCACUCAACACCACUGAAUGAAGAGAGGGAUGGAGAAGGGGUAAAGGAGGAAGGAGAAAAGAAAGGGAGCAGCAUACAACGGAGGAUCAGUCUGCUGCUGGACUCCUCCUCGAGGCCAGAGGCUCUGACCAAUAGGGAGGAAGUAACUCGUCCAAUGAAACAAGCAGUCAGUUCUGGUGGUGUGAAACAGCGGAUCAAAGACUGGGCAGCAGACACACCGCCUGUUCGGGCAUCCAAUCAGAGGGUGGAUGUUGCCCCUCAACCAUUCCCUGUCAGAGUACACCCUGUGUUGAGUGUCACUGGGGGGUCGUUGGCGACGAGCAAAAGCGUUCAGCUAGCUCCUCGAGAGGACAAGGCUUCCACCCUACUUCACGCUGGACAUUCUGGGAUAGAAGAUGAGGAGGAGGAUGAUGAAGACGAGGAUGAGGAAGAGGAGGAGGGAGAGAAGGAGGAGAACAUGGUACCACUCUACAAAACAGUAGGGAUACGUCUUGGACAGGAAGAUGGAGGGGAAAAACAGGAGCUAGUGGUUGAUCAAAUAGGGAAAGAGAUGGAGGCUAAGGUAAAAGAGGAGGAAAAACUUGCAGAAGUGGAUAAAUUAAAACAGCUGGAACUAGAAGAGAGACAGGCAAAAGAUGAGAAGGAGAGAGAAAGACAAAAAGUAGUGGAGAGGGAAAGGGAGGGACAGAGAGAGGAGGAGAAGGAAAGGGAGAGACAGAGACAGGAGGAAGAGAGAAAGAGGGAAGAAGAGGAGGAGAGAAAAAGACAAAGAGAAAUGGAGAGGGAAAUGAAGAGACAGAGACAGAGAGAGGAGGAAAGGGAUAGGGAGAGACAGAGAGAUAAAGAAGAGAGAGAGAGAAAGAGGAAAGAAGAGAAGGAGAGAGAAAGACAGAUUGAACUUGAGAGGGAAAGGGAGCGACAGAGAGAGGAAGAAGAGAGAAAGAGGGAAGAAGAGGAGGAGAGAGAAAGACAGAUUGAACUUGAGAGGGAAAGGGAGCGACAGAGAGAGGAAGAAGAGCGAAAGAGGGAAGAAGAGGAGGAGAGAGAAAGACAGAUUGAACUUGAGAGGGAAAGGGAGCGACAGAGAGAGAAAGAAGAGAGAAAGAGGGAAGAAGAGGAGGAGAGAGAAAGACAGAUUGAACUUGAGAGGGAAAGGGAGCGACAGAGAGAGGAAGAAGAGCGAAAGAGGGAAGAAGAGGCGGAGAGAAAAAGACAGAUUGAACUUGAGAGGGAAAGGGAGAGACAGAGAGAAGAAGAAGAGAGAAAGAGGGAAGAAGAGGGGGAGAGAAAAAGACAAAGAGAAAUGGAGAGGGAAAUGAAGAGACAGAGAGAGGAGGAGAGGGAAAGGGAGAGACAGAGAGAGGAGGAAGAGAGAAAGAGGGAAGAAGAGGAGGAGAGAGAAAGACAGAUUGAACUUGAGAGGGAAAGGGAGAGACAGAGAGAGGAAGAAGAGAGAAAGAGGGAAGAAGAGGAGGAGAGAAAAAGACAAAGAGAAAUGGAGAGGGAAAUGAAGAGACAGAGAGAGGAGGAAAGGGAUAGGGAGAGACAGAGAGAUGAAGAAGAGAGAGAGAGAAAUAGGAAAGAAGAGAAGGAGAGAGAAAGACAGAUUGAACUUGAGAAGGAAAGGGAGCAACAGAGAGAGGAGGAAGAGAGAGAGAGAAAGAGGAAAGAAGAGAAGGAGAGAGAAAGACAGAUAGAACUUGAGAAGAAAAGGGAGAGACAGCGAGAGGAGGAAGAGAGAAAGAUAAAGAGGAAAGAAGAGGAGAGAGAAAGACUGAUAGAAUUUGAGAAGGAAAGGGAGAGACAGAGAGAGGAGGACGAGAGAGAGAGAAAGAGGAAAGAAGAGAAGGACAGAGAAAGACAGAUAGAACUUGAGAAGGAAAGGGAGAGACAGAGAGAAGAGGAAGAGAGAAAGAGGAAAGAAGAGAAGGGGGAAAGACAGAGAGAAGUGGAAGGGGAAAAGGAGAGACAGGUAGAGGAAGGAGAGAGGGGGAACCUUAGGAUGAAAGAGGAGAGAUUGAGAGAGAAGGAAAGGGAGAAACUCAAAGAAAAAGAGCUAGAAAUGGAAAUACAGAGAGAGGAGGAAAGGAUGCAGGAAGAUGAGAUAAAGAGAGAAGAAGAUCGGGAGAAAGAAGAAGCAGAGUCCCCAAUCCAAUUCAUCACUCUUAAACCUGACCAACCUCCCAAGCCAGAGCCUCCUUCUCCCUCAACUACCGUCCCCAUCAUAGAACCCAUACCAAAGGAAGAGAAGCAGCCUCACAUCGAGGUGGUCUACGACGACUUCUCUGUCAAAGAGGAGAAGCCUCUUAUCAAGAUGGUCUAUGAUGAUUUCUCCGUCAAGCCCCGGCGGUGGGGGUCUCAGGCCAGGUUCCUUGCUGACCGUGCCCAGGUCGAGUCACCCUCCCCUGGAACAGAGGAGCCUGAGUCACUGGGCUCCUCGGAAUCCGACCCCCAGAGAACCGUUGUUGACACCCAGGAGCCAGCCCAAGAGAGUCCAGUCAGCGUCGAACCUCACCCAGCCGAGAGGGAUCUAGAGGGGGGAGUCCUCACCCCAAAGGACGGGACAGAGAAUAAGGAGGAGGGCACCAGCAUGGACACGGAGGAGGUUCAGUUGACGUGUUAUGUGGGGGCAGAAGAGGGGCGUGACACAGAGGCUCUGAUUGGUGGAGAGCCAGACAAGCAGUACGGGGGCUGUGACACGAGACUGUCUGAGGAUGACUGUCGGCAGAAAACAGAGGACCAGAUCUCGCCUGUCAUCACACCAGAUGAGCCUGACAGUACUUCUCCACUAGAAGAAACAGAGGACCAGAUCUCGCCUGGCAUCACACCAGAUGAGGCUGACAGUACGUCUCCACUAGAAGAAACAGAGGACCAGAUCUCGCCUGUCAUCACACCAGAUGAGCCUGACAGUACUUCUCCACUAGAAGAAACAGAGGACCCAUUACCCUUUCCUGAAAUCUCCGCCCCUCUAUUGGACACAAGUCUUCUGCGUGCGAGGGCAGAGCUGAGAAAGAGUCGACGAACCCGCCCCACUCGAGCUUUCCGUCAGAGCUCUACCACAAUAAUGCUUGAGGAAGACCCAGUCCACGACUGGAGGUUCUAUGACUCCUCAGAUACACACAAGUGGCUAGAAGAUAAGCUAGACUCUCUGAUACGGGGGGAUUGUGAGUCUGAUGAGGAGCAGCCCAGAGGGAGGGAGGUUUGUUCACAACAUUCCCAGCCCCAGAGAAUAGCCCUCUUCUCUGGAAUAGACCCGUCUGCCCUCAAGGCCCAACUGAAGAAGCGAGGAGGUGGUGGUGGAGGAGGUGGUGCAGCCGGUGGAGGUGAAGGAGUAGACACAGACCGUCAGAUGGACAGACUUGCCCCGUCCCCCUCUCAACUCUCCCGCUCUCCAAAACGUUCCUCCUUCCUCCCCGGGGGGUCACGAGUGCUGCCCCCUGUAGGGAACAAAGGUGCAGGGGUGGACAAGUUUCCUUCAUGGCUGCGAGAACUCAAGUCUAAGAAGCGCUCGAGUCAAUACAACAGUGAGGCCUAGCUGAGCAGAGCAGGGAGAUACCAUUGACAAGGUGAUCAUUCAACUGCUACUGCAGUUGUUGCUGACAAACACAGCUGUGGGCUGGACUCCAAUCAUGUACCUUUUCAAAAACACACUUUUUUUAAUGAAUGAACUAUGCAAGACAAUGGAGAAGCAUUGGAUACUUCCCUGCGUUGUGACCAUCUUUUUCCACUUUCCUAUUUGACAAAGGAACUAUGAGCAUGUAGAUACUUUAUUUGCAACACACACACACAAACACACAUACAGACACAUACACAGAUGAUUCGAGGAGUGGACUCAAAAUUCCCUUUUCUGUUAAUUUGCAACAUUUGCCUCUUAUCCCAGGCCACUGUAUUUUCUAGACUGUAUCUCUCCAUCCAUCCAUACUUGCAUUCCAGAUUCGCUUGACGUAAUUACCAUGUGUUCAUGCACACUAAUAUCCACAAUACCACGAUGUUCACAAACCUACUUGAAUUGUACAUGUUUUGCCAUGUCAUUUCUUGUUUUGAACUAACCCAUCUGUUUCUCUGCUCUUAUGUUAUGCACUCACUCGCUGCUCGGAUGAGCUGCUCUUGAUAAAAGCAUCUGCUAGAUAAAUUGAAAUGAUCUCUACUCUAUCCAAACAGGAAAAGGAGUAUCUCUGUCUGGAGGUUUUUGAAUAACUUCCUUAAAACCUUUACUGAAUGUCUCAAGACUUAAAAAUUAUUUUCCAAUAGUUUCGUUCUUAAUAGAACCAUAAUUGUUUUGGUUCCGUUCCACUGUUCUGACCAGCAAAAUAAAGUUCUGAACCGGUUCAAACCCCCAAAAAGUACCAGUUAAUAUAAUUAUUUUCUGUUCUUUUUUAAACUAAAAUCAAAUCAAAUGUAUUUAUAUAGCCCUUCUUACAUCAGCUGAUAUAUC